UUCACAGUUGGCAUUCGUGUUUGUCAAGCCAUGUGGUGAAUUUGCUGUAAAUAUUUUUAGGUUAUAUUUGUCAAAACAUCUUCAAUUUUUUCAUGAACAAUAAUGAAGAAUUCAGGUAAUAAAAAUAUCAAGCUAGGCAAGAAAAAAGUGAAAAUCUUUAAAAAGAAGAAGAAAGAAAGUAUUGACGAAAUAAUACAACGGUUAAAUUCAUCCUACAAUGACAUUGUUCCAGAAAAUAUCAGCAGCUUCAAUGACUUUCCACUGUCAUUCAAUACCCAGAAAGGAUUGAGGGAGAAUGACUACACAACUCCAACCGAAAUUCAGAAACAAUCGAUUGGAUACGCCCUUCAAGGAAAUGAUAUUUUGGGUGCUGCCAAGACUGGAAGUGGAAAAACACUAGCUUUCCUCAUACCUGUGUUGGAAGUGCUAUUUUGCAAGAAAUGGACUACCCUUGAUGGCUUAGGUGCUUUAAUAAUAACGCCUACAAGAGAAUUGGCCUAUCAAAUUUUUGAGACGCUUCGCAAAGUAGGCCGCUAUCAUGACUUCUCAGCUGGACUCAUCAUAGGAGGAAAAGAUCUCCACUUUGAAAAGAAGCGAAUGGACCAAUGUAACAUAGUAAUCUGCACUCCUGGACGACUUCUACAUCACAUGGAUGAGAAUCCGUUGUUUGAUUGUGUAAAUCUUCAAAUUCUUGUACUGGAUGAAGCCGACAAUUGUCUCAAUAUGGGAUUCGAAGAGACUAUGAACAGUAUUAUAGCGAAUCUACCACCAAAUCGUCAAACGCUGUUGUUUUCUGCUACUCAAACUAAGUCAAUCAGAGACUUGGCUCGCCUGAGUCUUACCAACCCGAAAUACUUGUCGGUGCAUGAGAAUGCGGCUCACAGCACUCCUGAAGAACUCACUCAAAGCUAUGUGGUCUGUGAAAUCGAAGACAAAAUCUCGAAUCUGUGGUCAUUCAUCAAAUCGCAUGUCAAACAUAAAAUACUAGUCUUCUUCUCUACUUGUAAACAGGUGAAAUACACAUUCGAAAUGUUUUGCCAGCUAAGGCCUGGCAUCGCCCUCCUACAGCUGCAUGGUGGAAUGCAUCAGGAAAAGCGCAUGGCUAUGUACAGGUCGUUCUGCAGUAAAAAGUAUGCUGUGUUGUUUGCCACUGAUAUUGCUGCUAGAGGACUAGAUUUUCCUGAAGUGAACUGGGUUAUCCAGGCGGAUUGUCCUGAGGAUGCGACGACGUACAUCCACAGAGUGGGCCGAACGGCACGCUAUUUCAAAGGAGGCGAAGCUGUCAUUCUACUGCUGCCUUCCGAAAAAGAUGCAAUGCUGCAACAUCUAGCUGAGAAGAAGGUUCCCCUACAGGAGAUCAAGAUAAAUCCUUUGAAGCUGCAGAAUCCAAGAGUGAAAUUCGAAGCUAUCCUGGCGAAGAAACCGGAAUUGAAGGCCUCAGCGCAAAGGGCUUUCGUUACUUACCUGAAAUCUGUUUUUCUCAUGAAAGACAAGAAGGUGUUCGAUAUCCACAAGUUGAAUACGGAUCUUUAUGCCAGAUCUUUAGGACUUGUAGUUUCACCACGUAUCCGUUUCCUGACAAAGAAAGAAAAAUUAAAGAAAAAUGACAAGAAGAGUUUGAACGGUGUGGAUAAUGAUGGCUCGAAUCUGUUAGACUCGAUUAAGAAGGAGGAAGAUAGCGAAAAUAGCUCGGAUGGUGAAUCGAAUGAAGAGAAGCCAAAGUUAGAUGGAGAUGGUAAACUGAAACGGUCUAGUUUCCAAACGUUUAAUUUUGAAGGAGGUGACAGUGAAGACGAUGACGACGAUAUACUGAAAAUAAAGCGUGAAGAUCACGAUCUAGAAGGCAGUGACGAGGGAGAGCCUCUCGAAAUCGGUCCUGGACGGCGCCAGAAGAAGCCGGUCACAAAAGCAGCACUGGCUAAGAAGGCACUCAAAAAGAACAUUGUUCCCAACAAAAAGACUAUUUUCACUGAAGAUGGAGAGGUAAAUCAGACAAUAAAAACAUUGACAGUGACGAGGAGAGUGAAGCCGAAUCGAUGGGAGAGGGAGAAGAAGACGAAUUUAGUGGUAGUGACGAAGGGGACCAAUCAGGUGACAGCUACGAUCAUGAUCGACCUGAUUUUGAUGGAGAACAGAGUGAAGAUGAUGAUGAUGACGAUGAUCAGUCAGACGAAGAUGAUAGAGAUCGAAGGAAAUUCGAUUCCAGGAAUUCGUACACAAGGAAAGGCGUGAAAAGAAAGAAGCAAGAUGAUGAUGAUGAUGAUGACGAUAAUUAUCCUGGUACAUCAUUGAUGGCUGAUGAAGAAUUGGCUCUACAGCUUCUCAAGAAAAAGCGAUAGUUCUAGAAAACUAAUCAAUAAAACUAUUUAUUAAUUUAGUUCCAAUUUACUUGAUGAAUAAUUCAUUGCUUGAGCAUGUAUCCUUUAAAAUCACUAUUGGCAGCCACUGGAAUCGCUAUAAAAACUUGGAAGUCGGUGUUUGUUCAAUGUUUGAAUCUCCUAAAAAUGUUAAGGUUUUGUAAUUUGCCAUCUACCCUAACAAUAGAUUCAAGCAAGUAAAAGUGCAAUGACCAUACAUUAUUUAAUUUUCAAAUUACAUUAUUCAUAAUGAAAAGGCUUCUAUAUGAUAUAAUGUUAUAUUCAUACAGCGUAAAAUAUGUAUGGUGUAAUAGCAAUGAACUGAGGCUCAAUGCAUUACUACAUUAUAAGAAAAUGAUUCAGAUUCUAUUUUAAUAUUCAUAAUUAUAUUUAUGUAUUUAUUGAUGAUUUAUUUUCAAAUUAAUCAACUAUUCCAUAUGCCGAAAAAAAACAAUUUUACAGAAGCAACAAAUAGCAUGUCAAGCAAUUUCAUUUCUAUAGUAAAUGAAUAAAGAGGUUGAAGUCAACCAACUAAACAAUAAUUUAUUAUCAGCUCUUGGCUUGACUUCCUAUUGAAUUUGACUGCAAAGGAAGUUGGUGGACCAGAGAAAAUGAAUCAUUAUGAAUCACAAUCUUUUUUAUAUAACUGGUGUGGCUUGGUGUGAUAACGAAAUAGAAAUGAGCUUCCUUCCACAAAUAAUGGAUUGUGGUAUAUCUGUCAAUGCUAUAGGGCUAUAGGUCAGUCACUCAUUUGAAUUUGUAACGUUUUUUUUGUCAAUGAUAAUCUAAUUAAUUGCAACAAUAAAUCAUUACGAAUUA